AUGUUAGUUUAAGACGAUUCAGAUUUUUUCAUUAAGCCAAAUGCUUAUCUCAAACUGUUAAAGUAAGGAAAACCUCAAAGUAGAGAGAUGAAUAGAAGGAAACCAUAAAAUUAAUUAGGGAGCAAAAAAGAAUUAAAGUUAUUACACUUGUCAAAACCUAUGUUCUUAAUUAGUCUUCCUGAGGAAUAGAAGAGUAAUAGAAAUUUGAGGAGUUGUCGAAGUUGGAAUACUUAAUCUAGAACUCCUGAUUCCAGAAAGAUUCUAGUAACAUCACCGAAGGAGUCUCGUUUGGGUUAUAAGAUGAAAAAUAAUCAAGAUUUGGAAGUACCAUAUGAAGUGCAUAGUUAAAUGCCUACAUCUUAAAUUAAUCCAAAAUAUAUAAUAUAGUAGAAAUAAGGUUGUGGAUUGAGUAGACUUCCUAAUUUUAAAUUAUAAAUAAUCAAUCAAUUUGCAAAUCUAAGAUAAUAAAUGAUAAUGAAAUAAUAAUGA